AUGGGCAGCAUGGCAUUAAAAUGCAACAUUCUGGUUACAACAAUGGAGCUCUCUGCAGCUUGUGCGGCUCAAAAGGUUAAAUCUUCACAUGCACGAUGGCUUCUACGCAUCUUGGCGCCGACGAUCAUCACAAUUAACCACUUUGCAUGGAACUGGGGCAAAUACGAUCAGUUAAGCCACGAAAAAGUAGCAUUUGGCCAAGAAUAUUACUUUUCGAGAUGGUUCAUGCUCGUAAAUUCGAUGGCGAAGCAACCGCGCCAGUGGGCGGGAUUCAUGCCCAACACCGCUUCUUGCAUGAAACACAGCGUGCCGUACAGCCUACCAAUGCAGAUGCUGCAGCGAAAGAAAAAUGUUCUGGAAAACUUAUGCAGCCGAGAAUUCGUUGAGCCCAGUGAGAUUCACAAUAAACGUAGAUAUUUUGAGCAUACUUCUUCAAUACGAAAUGUAGCAGUAAUCAUAGAUCACAAUAUCACACAUCAAGGUAGUGAAGGCGAAUAA